GAAAUAAACCACAUGACAGGAGCCGCCAACAAAUUUUGAAGUGUCGAAAACCAAAGGCUCCACCAAAUUGGAUUUUAAUGUAGAUCUUGGGACCUCAGUACUAAAAGUGAAGGAAGCAGCGUUUAAAAUUAAAGUGAAGUAUUAGUUUGUGAUAUAUAUGUGCAAGACUGGUUAGCUAUGCUUUGAAUAACCUUCCAAAAUCGAUAGUCUCGUUUCUCAACUAAAACUUGUCAUGAGGCUCGAGCUUAUGUAACAUUUUUGUCUGAAAAUAACUUAUCAGUUCACUGUUAGCGAUUGUUUACCACAGCAGAGGGCUAACGAUUCCACCAUGCUGCGACGCUGUUCGAAGCACUUGCAGACUAUAUACCGGAGGCAAGGCCAGGGCCUCCGGUUCAGGUCAUCCGAGGUGCCCAAGGUCUGCGUUCUGCCGCAGGGAGCACGCCUCGUCAAGCCCAGGAUACUCGGCGCCAGCAAUCAGGUCGCGCCCAUCCACUUCAGCAACCCGCUGUGCGCCGAGCAGGACGUCAUGACCCCGGGCUUCCCCGACUCCGUGUCGGAGGGCGACGUCAAGCUCGACAAGAAAGUCGGCGACGCCGUCGCCGCCGACGAGGUCGUGCUGGAGAUCGAGACCGACAAAACCGCCAUCCCCGUCAUGGCGCCCGACAACGGCAUCAUUAAGGAGCUAUACGUGAAGGACGGCGAGACCGUGAAGGCGGGACAGAAGCUGUUCAGGCUGGAGAUCACGGCGGGCGCACCCAAGAAGGCCGCGGCCCCGGCGGCAGAGGCGCCCAAGACCGAGGCGCCGCCUCCGCCUCCGCCGCCGCCCAAGACCGCGGCCGCACCUCCCCCACCGCCCCCGGCUGCCGCCGCGCCCCCACCGCCGCCGCCCCCGCCGCGGGCCGCCCCCCAGCCGGCCGCCGCCCCCGCCGCCUCCAUCCCCGUGGCGGCCAUCAGGCACGCGCAGGCGAUCGACACCGCCUCCGUGAAGGUGCCCCCGGCCGACUACAGCAAGGAGAUCGUCGGCACCAGGAGCGAGCAGCGCGUCAAGAUGAACCGCAUGCGCCUGCGCAUCGCCGAGCGGCUCAAGGAGGCCCAGAACACCAACGCGCUGCUGACCACCUUCAACGAGAUCGACAUGUCCCACAUCAUGGCGUUCCGGAAGAAGUACCUCGACGCGUUCACCAAGAAGUACGGCGUCAAGCUCGGCCUGAUGUCGCCCUUCGUGAAGGCGGCCGCCAACGCGCUGAUGGACCAGCCCGUCGUCAACGCCGUCAUCGACGGCAACGAGAUCGUGUACCGGGACUACGUGGACAUCUCCGUGGCGGUGGCGACGCCCAAGGGGCUGGUGGUGCCGGUGGUGCGGAACGUGCACGACAUGACCUACGCCGACAUCGAGCUGACCAUCGCCGGCCUCGCGGAGAAGGCGCGGACCGGCAAGCUCACCAUCGAGGAGAUGGACGGCGGCACCUUCACGAUAAGCAACGGUGGCGUAUUCGGCUCGCUGAUGGGCACGCCCAUCAUCAACCCGCCGCAGUCCGGCAUCCUGGGCAUGCACGGCAUCUUCGAGCGGCCGAUCGCGCUCAACGGGCAGGUCGUUAUCCGCCCCAUGAUGUACAUCGCGCUCACGUACGACCACAGGCUCAUCGACGGCCGCGAGGCGGUGCUCUUCCUCCGGAAGAUCAAGGAGGGCGUGGAGGACCCCGCGUCCAUCGUCGCUGGCAUGUAAACUAGCUCCCGCCACAUUUGAUUCCUUUGAAUUAAAUUUGUUUCGAGCUGUCAUGUGUGGGAGGAGCUGUAGUGUGAGCGGAGGAUUUCGCGCCUAUUUUUGUUUUGUAUUUUUAAAUACGUCCGAUCGUAUUGUAUUAAUUAUUUAUCGUUAAUUAAGUAUUAAAUUUAAAUUAAACAAAGUAUGUUACCUCUGAAGUAAUAAUUUUAUUGCAGUUUACCUUAGUUAAACGAGUAUGUGACAAAGACAGAGUUCUAAAUAUCUAUUUGUAUAUUAUUUUUUCUUUUCAUUGAAAACCACAACGGUUUCAUAUCGAUACCUACUUUAGUGUUGCUGUACCUGAAUGUACAACCCUCAAUAAAGUACAGGAAUUUUAA